UCUUUAUUAGCUUUGAGCUACGUUAGUUAGCAUUAGCAUUAGGCUUGUCGCAGUUACGUUGUUUACAUCCGGUAGUGCGGUUCUGUUGGCUAAUUUGCAUGGCUGUGGCUGAGUUCAGGGCAGCAGACCUGAGGGGGUUGUGUGAAUUUAUGGAAACAUGUCAAAGAAACGGGGCAGGAAGCGUAGCAGUGGAGAGCUGAGUGAGAGCUCGGCGUCGACCCUGAGCCCAGACCCUGACAACCUGCUGGGCCGUAGGAUUCAGCACACCUGGAGGGAGAAGGGCAACGUGACCAAGUGGAAAGGCACCGUUCUGGAGCGCCUAACUGUGAACAGCUCCCUCUACAUGGUCAAAUAUGACGGUUUUGAUUGUGUGUACGGCAUCGAGCUCUUCAAAGAUAACCGGGUGUCCAACCUGCAGGUUUUGGCAGAGAAAGUCGUGAACAAUAAGAUUAAGGUGCCCCCCGGGGCGGAGGAGCUGGUGGGCCGAGCUGUGGAGCAUCUGUUUGAGAAGGAGGACGGUGAGAAAAACGAGUGGCGGGGCAUGGUGCUGUCCCGAGCCCCCAUCAUGACCCACUGGUAUUACAUUACCUACGAAAAGGACCCGGUGCUGUACAUGUACCAGCUGUGGGACGACUAUAAGGACGGAGAUCUACGUGUACUGCCUGAAUCAGAGAACAAACACCUGCUGCCAGCAGACAGGAAGCCGGGUGAGGAGCCAGAGAGCCUUGUGGGUAAACAGGUGGAGUACGUCACAGAUAACGGUCUAAAGAGGACGGGCUUGGUCAUCUACCAGGUCCCAGCUAAACCCACGGUAUACUACAUUAAAUAUGACGAUGACGUCCACAUCCACGUCUACGAUCUGGUGAAGACCACCUAGUACUGACUGUCUGGUUUCACCUUCAGCUGAUGGCUAAUCUCUGACCUGACCAGUCGUUACCUGUUAGUGUUACACAUUUCAGCUUCCCUCCAGCGGAAGGCGAUGUGCCGGAGAUCAAAAGCCCCAUCUUUUUUUGUUUUAAUGUUUUCGGCCUCCAGAGGCUUCUUUUAUUCUCACCUUACAAGACAUGUUGGGUUUUGAUUUUCAGUUUAAAGUUGACCUCAAUGUAUGAGCAUUAGGUCCCUUUCAGUGUAAAUAAAGCAGGUCUGAGACCGGUUGUAUAGCCCAGCAGAUGAAAUGGAGCUAGACAUUUGUUUUGGUUAAAUCACACUUGUAUAGUGCAACUCCAAAUUCAUACUUUUUGUAAGCAACACAUCAAACUAAAAGAAUUAAGCUUUCUUACUUAUACCUCUGUGUUUUACUCGUAUUUCAUUUCACUUUUAUAUGCCUGUGCUAUUUAUUUCAUUUGGAAUAUCUGGCUGUGCUGCUGGUAACAUUUUGGCAAAACUUGUCUGCUGUGCUUUAUGUGUGUAACUGGGUAAGCCUCGGUUUGUUGAAUAUAGACGUAAUAUUCAUUUGACCAGUGUGUUAAUUUUACCAUCACAGUGAACUCCGAUUUCAGUUGAAGUGUAUAGGCAUUGAGGAGACUUGACUGUCUCACAUCGUGGAUAUAAAACACAGAUUAUCCUAAAAAAGUCGAGUAUCAUAUUUCUGCUCUGUUGCAUCAUGUAAACUGCAAGAUUUCCACGUCAUAAUAAUAUAUGAAAAAUACUGAUGUUGAUGUCAAGUUGUUUCAACCGUGUUUGUGCUACACACUAUUUAUGUAGUUCAAAUUGGCAACCAACAUUGUUUAGUAUUUUGGACUGAAGUCUUUAUUUUUUGCCAAAAAUUGAAAGAUGUGAUAUGAUAUAUUCAGGCCUCAAAACACCGUUCAUUGUGACCCUAAAUAUGUUUUGUUCUGUAAAUAUAAUCUGAGACAUUUUUAUGAACGUAAAAAAAAAAGUUGCUUGAAAAUUA